AUGGGCAAGGCGAAGAAAACAAAGGUGUCUAAGAAUACUGCCGAGGGUGGAGAAAAAUAUGUUCCUUUAGCAGAUCAAAUAAUAGACGACAAAUCAAUAAAAUCCACCAGUCGAGUGAAAGUCAGAAAUCGGAAGGAUAAAGAUGACGAGUAUGUUGAUGACAAGCUGUCCAAAAGAAUUCUAGAACAAGCCAGACUUCAACAAGAAGAGCUUCAGGAAGAACAUGGAAUUCGGAAACAGAGAACUGAUAAACACAGCACAAGACCAACAGCUCCUAGAACGACCCUGGGAAGUGGAAAGCGUAGAGACGAUUCAGAUUCCUCUGAGGAAGAGGACCUCGAGCAAGAGGAAUUUUACGAGACUAUAGAAGUGAAUGAAGAGGAUGAGAAAGCCUUGCAGAUGUUCAUGUGUAAAGACCCCCCUGUCCGGCGGACACUGGCAGACAUCAUCAUGGAAAAAAUCACAGAGAAACAGACAGAAAUCAGGAGUCAAGUCUCAGACAAUGCCAGUGUACAGAUGCAGCAGUUGGAUGAUCGGGUUGUAAGCAUGUAUAAAAGUGUGAGACCUAUCCUGCAGAGAUACCGCAGUGGGAAGCUGCCCAAGGCCUUCAAAAUGAUCCCCAACCUGAGGAACUGGGAACAGAUUUUAUAUCUAACAGAACCCGAUUCAUGGUCAGCGGCCGCAGUGUAUCAGGCUACCAGGAUUUUUGCUUCAAAUCUCAACGCUAAAAUGGCUCAGAGGUUCUUUAACUUAGUUUUAUUACCACGAAUCAGAGAUGACAUUGCUGAGUACAAGAGGCUGAAUUUUCAUCUCUACAUGGCAGUUAGGAAAUCCCUUUUUAAACCGGCAGCAUUCUUCAAAGGCAUUCUGCUUCCAAUGUGUGAGGCUGGUAACUGUACACUGAGAGAAGCCAUUAUUAUGUCCAGUAUUCUCACCAAAUGUUCUGUACCCAUGCUGCAUUCAGCGGCAGCCAUAUUGAAAAUCGCAGAAAUGGACUACAAUGGAGCAAACAGUAUUUUUUUGAAGACACUGCUGGACAAAAAGUACGCCUUGCCGUACCGAGUGGUGGACGCUGUAGUGUUCCACUUCCUGGGGUUCCAGAGAGACAAGCGUGAGCUUCCUGUGUUGUGGCAUCAGUCGCUUCUGACCUUUGUUCAGCGGUACAAGGAGGACAUUUCUAGUGAACAAAAGGAGGCUCUAAUGGAUUUGUUACGUGCUCAAACUCACAUUCAGAUCACGCCAGAAAUUCGGCGGGAACUUGUCCAUGCCAAGUGUCGGGAUGUAGAAGGGGAGCCACCAGGUUCUAGUGGUUCAAUGGAAGACGACUGAGUGAAAAGAUACUGUGAUUGGUUAUGUUCUUUAUAUGGAAUGUUGAACUUUAUGUAGGUGGGGGAUUCCAUCUUUUGUUAUUUUAUAAAGAUUGAGAACCAUACUAUGAAAUAUGUUGUAAAAAUAUUUUGAAAUUACCAA